AUUUAAGAAAAAAAUCUUUCUGAAAAUAACCUAUAACAAACAAUUUAGUUCCAAAUACAUUAUAACUUUGGAAAUUUUCUAAGAAACCAUACAUUUUAGGUUUGCAAAGGGUUAAUAUAUCAUUUAAGGUUAAUUUCUAAACUUGUAAGAACAUUCGUAAAACUUUUAAAAAUAUUUGACGUCAGACAUUGCGGUUCGAAAUAUCAUAUGGUUUGCAUAAACAACAAUCGUCCUUUCACUAACACAUUAUUUGGAAGAAAGCAUAUGUAAUAUAAGUUGAAUUUUAAAAGAAAGCAUAAAGAACAGACAGUCAAAGAACGAACAUGUGUAUUAUUAUAUUCCUCCCUAGCUACCUCGUGUAACUAUUUGAUGAGAGCAAAAACAUGCUUUUAAUAGAUGUAUAUUUUUUUGUUGAAAUAGAUGUACAUAUAACUACUUUUAUAGAUAACCUUUCCUGUUUAUAAUUGUUAAUAGCUAUACGUUUUGUUUCAUGUUCUAUUGGUUGAUUUGGUUAAUUUCAGGAAAAAUGCAUUUAGUACCAAAUUCCCUAAUCCAAGUUUAAAAUGUCAUCUGACCAAUGUAAAAACAAAUAGCGAGUUUAGUACUGAUUAUGUCUUAACUUAGCGAAUUUCCUAAUCUAAUUUCGGGAAAAAUGCAUCUAACCAUGAACAACGAGUUUUCGUCAUGUCUCAAAUAUUUUACCACAAAAUUAUCAUUUCUUGGAUAAAAUAAAAAGUUAUACUAAACAUAUAACAAAAAAUUAACUUUAUUUUCAGUUAGAUAAUAGACUCAAAAAAUUUAUUUUAAACUUGAAAGGAAUUUUUGCACAAAUUUAUAAAUUUACUGCACAUUUGAUUAGUAAUAUAAUAAAUAUAAUAUCGUCUUCCAAGUAAUAAUCUAUAAUCCCACUAUAAUAAUAAAAAAAAAUAACUAAUAGGUAUCAGCAUGUAAAUUCUAGAUUUUUCUCUAAGGAAAUAGCUUGAUAGUCUCUUUAUACAAUAUUUUCAUGCAAUUUGUUCCCCUAUAUAUGUAUUACUCCAUAGACGUCUCUGAGAGGAACCUUAUAGGUGAAGAAAUCUCCCCAACUCAAACCCUAAAAAGGGAAUGACAAAUAAAAAAAAUCACAUAGAUGGUUAUAGACGCGUAUACACUACAUGAGGAAAUGUCUAGAAAUCAUAAAAGGAACCAAAACUCCUUUUCUUUUUCUCGUUAACAAAGCAUUUUCUCACCUUUAAUUUGUCUUUGUUCUCCUUCUCUCUUCUCACUUUCCUUACUGAUUUUGUGCUCUCUUCGCAUUUCUCUUUGGUAGUCUUGCUUCAUCUCCUUAGUUUUGCCCUUUUUCUUUGAUUCUCCCCACCAAGUUUUUCCUUUGGAGUUUUUUCCUAAAGAUCCAUUAAACUUUAUUAAAGAAGAAAGUAGAAAGAAAUAAAAAGGGCAUAGAAGAGCAAUGGUUUUCUCAUCCAAUUGGUCACAGCCUACGAAUCCGAAUCAGCUUCAACUUAACGAAAAUGGAAGUUUAGUGAAUGGCCACGGACUACUUUCUCACCAACUUCCACCUUUCCCACCAAACCCUAACCCUAACCACCACCAUGCCGCUGCCUCCAGUGGUCUUCCGGCGAGGCUUGGUGGAUUCAUGGCGGAGAGAGCGAACCAAACCAAAGCUCCUCGGCCUGAGGGAGCCCUAAAGUGUCCUCGAUGCAACUCCAUCAACACUAAGUUCUGUUACAACAACAACUACAACCCCACUCAGCCUCGCCACUACUGUAAGGGAUGCCGCCGCUACUGGACACAUGGCGGCAAAUUGAGGGACGUCCCCGAAGGUGGCCGCCGCCGGAGAAAUAGCAAAAAGAAUAAAAAUGGUAAUGCAAAAUCUUCUUCCACGGUCAACGCUCCGAGUUCUAGCUCAGGACAGCUAAGGACAAACCAUCAGUUCCCGUUUUUACCAACUCUUCAAAAUCUCACUCAGCUUGGAGGUAUCGGUUUGAACUUAGCUGCUGCUAAUGGCAACAACCAAGCUCACCACAUCGGUCCAAGUUUGAUGAAUGAUUUAGGGUUUCUUCAUGUCGGAAAUGAACGAAACAGUCAUGACAACAACAACAGUGAAAACAACCUAAUGGGGCCUGGUGGAUUCCCUCUCUUCGAUCCAACGUCAGGACCAUACGGUUUCCAAAACGAGGGAAAUAUCGGAAACGACGUCGGGUUAUCUUUUCCCUCUACUUCCAUGGUUGAUUCCAGUAUUUACCAAACAGGUCCGGUGAAGAUGGAAGAACAACCCAAUCUGGUUAAUUUGUCUAGACCGGUCUCCGGUUUGACACAUCCGGUGAAUCAAACAAACCAGUACUAUUGGAACAAUUCGGAUUUCUCGGGUCCUUCUUCUAACGAUCAUCACCAACUCUUGUGAGAAUAUUAGAUCGUCAAUAAAUAUUACGACGCGGGGAGAUUGAUUUACAUGACCACGAAUGGUCAUAUGAUCAAAUGCAUGCAAACUAAAAGGUAUCUAAUCAGGUGUGGUAUACAACUUAAGAUCGUACGUAUAUAUAAUCAGGUGUGUCAUAUAUAUAUAAACUUUGUAGAGUGUGGUUUUAUGGUUGAAUUGAUUCUGAAGUUAUUAGCUUUGUCUCUCAACAAAUUCGUGUCGUGUGUGUAACAGUCCAGUUUAUAUACCUAUUAAUCUCAUGGAAUAUAUAAUGAUUUUCAGUUA